GGCCCCUUCCCGCCUCGCCGCCAGCCCCCGAACCCUUCCAUCCUCACCCCGGCGGUCGCUGCGAAGGAACGCUCGGGCCGAAAGGAGCCGAGACGCCGAGGGAGGGAGCGACGGGAAAACUGCAGGUUGUUUCCCACUGCUGCAUCCUGCUGAGACCAGACACUGCUCUCUUCAGUGUCACUUGUUCUCCUCUUCACUAACAGCACAGCAACAGGAAAAAGAAUGGAAUGGCUGCAGCAGGAAUUCCUGGAGCUCAGCAGAAGCUGUUCUUAACUCUCCAGCUGUCACUGGGCAGCUGUGCACGACUGUGAGUCCCUGCUGGAGCCAGGAGGAGGGACAACUGAAACGGAGCUGUGCCACCAGAGCCAGCCUCCUGCUGCUGCCCACUGCUGCCCGCCAUUGCCCACCGCGAUGCUGUCACUGCCCUUCUACCAGCGGCAGCUGGAGCACUACGACCGUGCCUACCGCCACCGGGACCUGCACGCCACCCUCAGCCACUACCACCGGCAGGCCAAGAGCAGCUCUGCUCUCUAUGCCCAAGGCUCUGCCGCCUACAGCCAUGGAUCCACAGGCUACCGCCAGGCCUCGGCCUUCAGCCUGGACUCUUCCUCAGCGCACAGCCACAGCUCUGCGGCUUACAGCUACAGCUCUGCAGCCUACGAGCACUCCGCGGCCAGGCAAAGCUCUGCUGCCCAGGUGCUGGACUCCGAGGCCCUCAGCAGCAGCUCAGCUGCCUACAGGCAUGGAUCUGAGUCCAUCAACAAGCUGGCUACAGCCUACAGGCUGGGCUCUGAGUCCUACAGUCUGGGGCUGAAAGAUUCCAGUUUACUGGUCGAGGAUCAGUCCUACAAGAUGAGUCCCAAAGCAAAGAGAGCAAAACAGAGUCUGGUGUCUGAGGAGAAGCAGAAUGAAGCCAUGAACUACUCGGUGCCCAUCUUCACAGGGAGGGAGGUGAACCUGAGCGGGAUCACAGACACAGAAGAGGAGAGGAUUAAGGAAAGUGCUGCUUACAUUGCCCAGAGGAACCUUUUUGCCACGGGAGAAGGGGUGAAGGUCAGCAAGGUGGCCAGCACAGCCUCUGAAGAGGAGCACCAGGAGAGCAAGUCCAGGAAGGUGGCAGUGCGGGAGGCGGCCGAGCGCGUGGCACUGCAGAGGACGCUGGAGCAGACGCAGGCCUUCCGCAGGAAGCUGAACCGGGACCAGCUGCUGCACGCCCCCGAGUUCCUGCUGGAGCCUCGCUCGCACACCGUCUGGGAGCAGCAGACCGUCACCUUCCACUGCUCCGUGGCCGGCUGGCCCGAGCCCCGCGUCGCAUGGUACAAGAACAAUGUCCCCAUCGACGUGCAGGCUCACCCCGACAAGUACAGCAUCGAGAGCCGCUACGGCCUGCACUCGCUGCAGAUCAGCAGGUGUGAUUUUGAUGACAUUGCUCAGUACCGAGCCUCUGCCAUGAACGUGAAGGGAGAAAUUUCAGCCUAUGCUUCCCUCGUGGUCAAGAGGUACAAAGGAGAGGUUGAUGCCAGCCUGUUGCGCUCUGGAGCUAGCUCCAUGCCUCUGGGCCUCGGCGUUUCCCCGUACGGCUUUGCCUCCAGGUUUGAGAUCAAGUUUGUGGACAAGUUUGAUGUGUCCUUCGGCAGAGAAGGAGAGACAAUGAGCCUGGGCUGCGGCGUGGUCAUCAGCCCUGACAUCAAGCGCUUCACCCCCAGCGUCCAGUGGUACCGCAACGGUGUCCUCCUUACCCCAUCCAAGUGGGUGCAGAUGCACUGGAGCGGGGAGCGAGCCUCCUUGACCCUGCCCCAUGCCAACAAGGAGGACGAAGGCCUCUACACCCUGCGGGUGGCGAUGGGAGACUACUACGAGGAGUACAGCAGCUAUGUCUUCGUGAGAGAUGCUGACGCUGAGGUCCCCGGUGCCCCAGGCGCGCCCCUGGACGUGCAGUGCCUGGAUGCCAACAAGGAUUAUGUCAUUGUCUCCUGGAAGCAGCCUGCUGUGGAUGGAGGCAGCCCCAUCCUUGGCUAUUUCAUUGACAGGUGCGAGGUGGGCACCAGCCACUGGACACAGUGCAACGAGACGCCGGUGAAGUUCGCGCGGCUGCCCGUCACAGGCCUGGUGGAAGGUCGCUCCUACAGCUUCCGCGUCCGCGCCCUCAACCGCGCCGGCGUCAGCCUCCCGUCCCGAGCAUCCCCGCCCGUCGCCGCGCUGGACCCCUCCGACAGAGCCCGGCUCAGAAGCCACCCCUCUGCUCCCUGGACUGGCCAGAUCAUUGUCACUGAGGAGGAGCCUGCAGAGGGAGUUGUUCCUGGCCCACCCACCGACCUCCAGGUUAUUGAGGCCACCAAGAACUAUGUGGUGCUCAGCUGGAAGCCUCCCGGGCAGCGUGGCCACGAGGGCAUCAUGUACUAUGUGGAGAAGUGCGUGGCGGGCACGGAGGACUGGCAGCGGGUGAACACGGAGACGCCGGUGCGGUCCCCUCGCUUCGCGCUCUUCGACCUGGCCGAGGGCAAGGCCUACAGCUUCCGCGUGCGCUGCUGCAACUCCGCCGGCGUCGGGCAGCCCUCCGAGGCCACCGCCGCCACCGUGCCCGCGGACAAGCUGGACGUUCCCAAGGCUCCUGGCCAUGUUAUGCCAACGAGGAACACAGACACCUCAGUCCUUGUCACUUGGACAGAGCCAUCAGAUGCCAAGGAGCUGGUUGGAUACUACAUUGAGUCAAGUCUGGUUGGAUCUGGUCGUUGGGAACCAUGCAACAACAACCCUGUGAAAGGCACAAGGUUCGUGUGCCAUGGUCUGUGCCAGGGUGAGCAGUACAUCUUCAGGGUCAGGGCUGUCAACCCAGCAGGCCUCAGCGACUUCUCCCAGGACUCGGAGCCCAUCGAGGUGAAGGCAGCCAUUGCUGCUCCGUCUGCGCCCUACGACAUCGUGGUGCUGGAGAGCGUCCGCGACGCCAUGGUGCUGGGCUGGAAGCCGCCCAAGGCCGCCGGCGGCACCGACAUCACCGGCUACUACGUCAGCUACCGGGAGCUGCUGGGUGCAGUGCCUGGGGAGUGGAGGGAGGCCAACACCAAAGCUGUCAGUGACAGAGCCUACAGGAUUGAGAACCUGAAGGAGAACAUGGUCUACCAAUUCCAGGUGGCUGCUGUCAACCUGGCUGGGGUGGGGACACCCUCUGAGCCCAGCCAGCCCUUCAGGUGUGAAGAAUGGAGCAUUGCUGUGCCAGGGCCACCCCACGAUGUGAGGUGCACAGAAGUCAGGAAGGACUCCCUGGUCCUGCUGUGGAAGGAACCAGUCUAUACUGGCCGCAGCCCCAUCGCUGGCUACUACGUCGACAUGAAGGAGCAGGAAGCCAAGGAGGAGCUCUGGAGAAGUGUCAACGAGAAGCCUCUCCAGAGGAAGUACUUGAAGGUGCAGGGCCUGGCGCAGGGCCGGCGCUACGUGUUCCGCGUGCGGGCUGCCAACCAGGCUGGCGUGGGCAGGCCCUCGGACGCCACAGACCCUGUCCUGGCUGACACACCACCAGGAACCAAGGAGGUGGUGGUGGAAGUCGAUGACAAUGGAGUCAUUUCCCUCAGCUUCGAGUGUGAGCAGAUGUCCCCAGGCUCCAAGUUUGUUUGGUCCAAGAACUAUGAACCCAUCGAGGAUGACUCCCGGCUGAACAUCGACACCAAGGGUGGCAAGUCAAAGGCUGCCUUCAAGGAGCUGGGUGAAGAGGACCUGGGCAUUUACUCCUGCGUGGUGACAGACACGGAUGGGGUCUCAGCCAGCCACACGAUCGAUGAGGAAGAGCUGAAACGGCUGCUGGCCCUGAGCCACGAGCACAAGUUCCCAACUGUGCCGCUUGCCUCGGAGCUGGCGGUGGAGAUCUUGGAGAAGGGAGAAGUCAGGUUCUGGCUGCAGGCAGAGAAGCUGUCUGGCAGUGCCAAGGCCAACUUUGUCUUCAAUGACAAGGAGAUCUUCAGUGGAGAGAAAUACAAGAUGAGGGUGGACCAGAAGACAGGCCUGGUGGAAAUGAUCAUGGAUAAACUGGAGGAGAAGGAUGAAGGGACUUACACCUUCCAGCUGCAGGAUGGAAAAGCCACCAACCAGUCCAGCCUGGUCCUCAUCGGGGAUGUGUUCAAGAAGCUGCAGGAUGAAGCAGCCUUCCAGAGGAAGGAGUGGCACAGGAAGCAAGGUCCUCACUUCGUGGACAGGCUGGGGUGGGAGGUGACUGAAGAGUGCAACGUGCUGCUGAAGUGCAAGGUGGCCAACAUCAAGAAGGAGACACACAUUGUGUGGUACAAGGACAACAGGGAGAUCAUGGUGGAUGAGGAGCAUGACUUCAAGGAUGGGGUCUGCACCCUGCUGAUCUCAGAGUUCUCCAAGAAGGAUGCUGGCACUUACGAAGUCAUCCUGAAGGACGACCGCGGGAAGGACACCAGCGAGCUGCAGCUGAAGGACACAGCCUUUGCAGAGCUAAUGAGUGAAGUCUGCAGGAGGAUUGCUCUGUCUGCCUCAGACCUGAAAAUCCAGAGCACAGCUGAAGGCAUCAGGCUCUACUCCCACGUCACCUACUACGUGGAGGACCUGCGAGUAGGCUGGCAGCACAAUGAGGUGCAGCUGAAGCUGUCGGAGCGGCUGCGGAGCGGCGUGACUGGGGAGCAGCUCUGGCUGCAGAUCAACGAGCCCACAGCCCAGGACAAGGGCAGGUACACCAUGGAGCUCUUUGAUGGCAAAACAGCACACCAGAAGACAGUGGAUCUCUCUGGGCAAGCCUUUGAUGAAGCCUUUGCAGAGUUCCAGAGGCUGAAGCAGGCUGCAAUUGCAGAGAAAAACCGCGCGCGGGUGCUCGGAGGCCUGCCAGACGUUGUCACCAUCCAGGAGGGCAAGGCGCUCAACCUCUCCUGCACUGUCUGGGGGGACCCCAGCCCGGAGGUGGCAUGGCUGAAGAACGAGAAGGCCUUUGCCUCAGAUGCCAACUGCCUGCUGCGGUUCGAGGCUGGCAAGAACGUCAGCUUCACCAUCUCCAGCGUCUCCACCCUGGACUCGGGCAAGUACAGCCUGGUGGUGAAGAACAAGUACGGCACCGAGACCAGCGACGUCACCGUGCUGGUCACUGCUGUGCCAGGACAGACUGGGACAGCCCCAGGACAUGAAGACAAACUGAGCCUGCCUGAAAAGAAGCAAGCAGCACCAGCAAGGCAGCACAGGGCAGGGGGAAAGCAAGCAGAUUCUGCUAAGCCACCCUCAGGAGUUCCUGCUCCAGAAGAGCCUCCUGCUCCACAGGAGAGCCUGGAAACGCAGAAGGACGUCGAGAGCAAGCAGCGAGCAGCCAAGCAGGGGGCUGGGAAGGUGGCAGCACCAACUCCGCAGCCCGCAGGAGGCCCCGAGGAGCAGAGCAGGGAGCCUUUGGAGCAGCAGCCCAGGGCAAAGCCUGCGGCUCCUGCCCGCAGGACCUGACCUGCUGAGCUGGCCCAACCCAGAGCCGGCAGGCUGCUGCGGCCCCAGCUCCUGGCACCACCUCCUCACUCCAGCCACUGUGAUGGGCACGGGGCUAGCUGCAGGGCACUCGGUAGGCAUCUCACGAAGGAGCCGCUGCCAGGCCAGGCUAAAUGACUUCAGGCUGUCCACACACAGAGCAGGGCGGAGCAGACCCUGGCCAGAGCUGCGGCGGUUGCUGCUCUGAGCAAAAGGCUGGCACCAGCCGGGAGGAGCUGUCUGCUGCCCCCGCAGCUGGGGCAGACCUGGCGCUGCUCCCGAGGAGCCUGCAGCCCUCAUGCCACCUGGGCUCUGCUUCUCACCAGCACCACUUUGGGCCCAGAGCUCCACGUUAGGCCUUAGGAGAAGCUUCCUGACUGAAAGGGCUCUCCGAGCCUGGCACAGCUGCCCCGGAGGUGGUGGAAUCCCUAUCCCCGGGGGUGCUCCCAAGAGGCAGAGCUGUGGUGCUGAGGGCCAUGGCUCGGCCCCAGCCUGGGCACUGAGGGCACGGUUGGAGUAAGUGAGCUGGAAGGGCUCUUCCAGCUGCAGUGGCUCUGUGCUCUGGGCAGGCAGUGCAGGGAGCCAGCUGCUGUCACCUGCGCAGCCACCGGCACCCCAGGUCCUGCUCCACGGCACUGCCCUCCGGCUGCUCCUCCUGCAGCCUCUGCCGGUACCGAGAACCCUUCCG